AUGGUUCUUCCCAAACUUAUUCCAAGCCCUCCUCUCCAAAACUACCCUCACCUUCCAGAGCCCUCCUCUCCAAAACUACCCUCACCUUCCAGAGCCCUCCUCUCCAAAACUACCCUCACCUUCCAGAGCCCUCCUCUCCAAAACUACCCUCACCUUCCAGAGCCCUCCUCUCCAAAACUACCCUCACCUUCCAGAGCCCUCCUCUCCAAAACUACCCUCACCUUCCAGAGCCCUCCUCUCCAAAACUACCCUCACCUUCCAGAGCCCUCCUCUCCAAAACUACCCUCACCUUCCAGAGCCCUCCUCUCCAAAACUACCCUCACCUUCCAGAGCCCUCCUCUCCAAAACUACCCUCACCUUCCAGAGCCCUCCUCUCCAAAACUACCCUCACCUUCCAGAGCCCUCCUCUCCAAAACUACCCUCACCUUCCAGAGCCCUCCUCUCCAAAACUACCCUCACCUUCCAGAGCCCUCCUCUCCAAAGCUACCCUCACCUUCCAGAGCCCUCCUCUCCAAAGCUACCCUCACCUUCCAGAGCCCUCCUCUCCAAAGCUACCCUCACCUUCCAGAGCCCUCCUCUCCAAAGCUACCCUCACCUUCCAGAGCCCUCCUCUCCAAAACUACCCUCACCUUCCAGAGCCCUCCUCUCCAAAACUACCCUCACCUUCCAGAGCCCUCCUCUCCAAAACUACCCUCACCUUCCAGAGUCCUCCUCUCCAAAACUACCCUCACCUUCCAGAGUCCUCCUCUCCAAAACUACCCUCACCUUCCAGACCCCUCCUCUCCAAUACUUGGACUAGUGGAUGAGGGGGGAUGA